AUGGUUUCCGUAGCGCCAUCCAUCACCACAGACCAGGGAGUUAGCGAAUAUGCGCCCGUUGCCUCAGAGAAAUGGAGCCAAGAGAGCAUCAACAACGGAGAAUUAAAUCAAUCUUCAGACCAGGAGGCUGCCAUUCAGCCGAUAAGAACAAGCUCUUACGUACCACCGGUUGUUGUACCCAGAGGCAGACGGCGAGGCCUAUUUGGAUCACUCACUCUACUGGCUGAGGUUGAAAACCCCAAACAUUAUAACCGGAAAGCAAAAUGGUUUAUUACGUUUGUUGUCGCUGUGGCAGCUGCCGCCGCUCCAAUGGGGAGUGCCAUAUUCCUUCCUGGACUUAGCGAAGUUGCGAGGACGUAUAACACGACAUCAACGGUUACCAACCUUUCUGUCGCGUUGUACAUGUUGAGUAUAUCUAUAUUUCCUCUAUGGUGGUCGUCUUUUAGUGAGCGGCUGGGCCGCCGUUCGAUAUACCUUGUGUCAUUCGCCUUAUUCACUCUAUGGAGUAUUUUAUCCGCUAUCUCGGUCUCCAUUACGAUGUUAAUCAUCAUGCGAGUCCUUGCUGGUGGAGCUGCUGCCUCAGUCCAAGCGCUGGGGGCUGGUACAAUCGCAGACAUUUGGGAUCCUAUUGAUCGCGGACGUGCAAUGGGCAUCUUCUAUCUUGGUCCUCUCUGUGGUCCCCUUAUUGCCCCUAUCAUCGGUGGGAUUUUGACCCAAUCUUUAGGAUGGAGGAGUACGCAGUGGUUCCUUGCAAUAUACGGUGGCCUUAUACUGGUAUUCAUACUGUUUGCGUUGCCAGAGACCCUCGCAAAUCGUAAACCGCUACCGCCCCCUGAACCAGAGAAUGGAGGCUCAGAGGUGGAACGCACUCUGAGCCGAGUGUCAUCUCGUCAGGUCGUACAACAAACGACCAGGGCUUUAAACAUAUUCAAGAUUAUCAUCAUUGACCCUCUCAAGAUAAUCCUCUACAUUCGCUUCCCGGCUGUUGCUCUAACCGUAUACUAUGCAAGUAUCGCUUUUGGGUGCUUAUAUGUUAUGAAUAUCAGUAUUGAAGUUACGUUCAGCAGAGAGCCCUACAAUUUUUCUACUAUUAUUGUUGGCUUGCUGUAUAUUCCUGGGGCGUUAGGCUAUAUCGCUGCUAGUGUUCUUGGAGGCCCUUGGAUGGACUCCAUCAUGAAACGGGAAGCGAGGCGUGCCAACAGAGUGGAUGCCAAUGGCAAGUACAUAUUUAUACCCGAAGAUAGAAUGCGUGAAAAUGCAUGGUUAGGGGCACUCCUGUUUCCCUCUGCAUUGAUAUGGUAUGCUUGGACAGCAGAGAAUGGGGUGCACUGGUUCGCUACGAUUUCCGCCAAUUUUUUCUUUGGUCUAGGGUCGAUGCUAAUUUUCAGCAUGUCAACGACGAUGUUGACCGAAUUCAUGCCUAAUCGUUCCUCGGCUGGUGUUGCCCUGAACAAUUUUAUGAGAAACAUAGCGUCUUGUGUCGGAGGUGUUGUUGCUGCCCCCAUUAUAGAUGCCAUUGGGAACGGUUGGCUAUUUACAAUUCUUGGUCUUAUUUGUCUUGCCAGUUCCGUUGUGAUCUGGGCGAUGAAGCGGUUUGGGCCGCGAUGGAGAAUAACGAUGGAGGAACACCUAAGGAAAGAGAAUGAAAACUGA